UUAACCGAGAUGGUUACGUGUUAUUCGGAAUCUCGCCCUGCAGGCCGUUUUUACGAGAGGGUUACGUUUAACCGAGAGGGUUACGUGUUAUUCGGAAUCUCGCCCUGCAGACGCGUAAAGCCUAUUCAGUGAGUUUGAGAUGCCCUUAUUAUUCACGAUGGCACACCACCGUCCUUCUGGGUAAAACAGUAAAAGCCGCAGUAUUUGAGUCCCGGUCUCAUUCCCUAACACCACCUAGACGAGCUGGGAAAAGUUCGCGGGAAAAAUUGACUAGAUCCCGAGACUUCUGGGAAAUGUAGUCCACAGUCAAAAGAAGGAAAUGGAGAAAGAUCCGCUAGUUUAGAGCCCUGGUGGGCAGAGACCUCUGGGCGUGCUGGCAGGAGUGCGCAGGCGCAGGCUUCGUGGCUCGCCGUUGUCGCCUUUGUCUGCUGUGCUGGGCCCUCACCGGGACUCCUCUUGGAUACCCUGUUGUUGCCCAGUGUCAUGGAGAUCCUGCAGCUUUGGGUCUGGAGGACCUGCCCCUUCACGUACUUCCACAGGCCAGUGGAGCAGAAGUUUGCCUGCUCUUCAAACCUCUCCUGAGUUCUAAGGCCUCAGCCUGACUUGGAACUGCUGCUUUGAUUUCCAGAGAUAUCAGCGUCCUGAAGCGCUUUCUCUUUGCAAGUUUAGAGUCUACACUUCAAACAGAAACGGUGGGUGGUUGAGAAGUUAAGUCUGCAGAAGCAGCCUCUGGUGUUUCUGCACAGAGAAGGACACAGGAUGAAAGACUUUCGAGUUAAAUUUCAUCUUUCUCUAUAGAAAUAGACUAAAAAUUUUUUGGAAGACCUAGGAUACAGAGUAUUUUCCUCUGGGUGCAGACAUUGCAUGUGGGGCUCAGCUGAAGAAAAGGUGAACUGUAAUUUCUCCAUGUUCAUCAUUUACUUGUGCCAGUAAGAGCAACUGUAAGAAAGAACCAUUAACAUAAAGGCGGUGCUGUACUUCUGUCCCUUGUCACCCCAUCUCAGGCCACUUGCGCAAACAGUCUCUCGUUAUAUAUCCAGCUUCCAUCCUAUCUCCGUAGACGCUAGGAGAAAACCCUUGUGUGUGACAGAAUGUUGGAAAGUCUUCAUCCCGAAUCAGAGCUUCUGCGUGAUGGACUCAAUCCUGGAGAGAAACUUUAUGAAUGUAACGAAUGUAGAAAAACCUUUAGCCUAAAAGAAAGCUUUGUAGAGCAUAAGAAAAUGCACAGUGGUGAGAACUCGCAUGAAUGUACAGAAUGUGGCAAAGCGUUUUCUCGGGUCUCGUCACUUACUCUACAUAUGAGAAGUCACACACGGAGGAAAUCAUAUAAACGUGGAAAAGCCUUCAGCCAGAGAGGAAACCUCCUUUCUCCUCAGAAGCAACAUGCUGAAGAGAAGACCUCCGUUCAGAUGACAGCCUCCGUCAGAAAUCAGAGAAGCACGGGGAACAAACCAUUUGCGUGUAAGGAAUGUGGGAAAGCUUUUAAUGGCAAAGCAUAUCUCAAAGAACACGAGAAAAUUCAUACAGGAGAGAAGCCAUUUGAAUGCAGUCAGUGUGGAAGAGCCUUCAGCCAGAAGCAGUACCUCCUGAAACAUCAGAACGUCCACAGCGGAAAGAAACCUUUUAAAUGUAAUGAGUGUGGUAAGGCUUUUAGCCAGAAAGAGAACCUCAUUAUCCACCAGAGAAUCCACACCGGAGAGAAACCCUACGAAUGCAAAGGGUGUGGGAAUGCCUUCAUUCAGAAGUCAAGCCUCAUCAGACACCAGAGAAGUCACACUGGAGAGAAACCGUACACUUGUAAGGAGUGUGGGAAAGCCUUCAGUGGCAAAUCCAACCUCACUGAGCAUGAGAAAAUCCAUAUCGGAGAGAAGCCCUACAAAUGCAACGAAUGCGGCACGAUUUUCCGGCAGAAGCAGUAUCUCAUCAAACAUCAUAACAUCCAUACGGGCGAGAAACCCUACGAAUGUAAUAAGUGCGGAAAAGCCUUUUCUCGUAUUACGUCACUCAUAGUGCACGUGAGAAUUCAUACAGGUGAUAAACCCUAUGAAUGUAAAAUCUGUGGGAAGGCCUUCUGCCAGAGCUCCUCCCUCACGGUGCAUAUGAGGAGCCAUACGGGUGAGAAGCCCUACGGCUGUAACGAGUGUGGGAAGGCCUUUUCUCAGUUCUCAACUCUUGCUUUACACAUGAGAAUCCACACUGGUGAAAAGCCGUACCAGUGUAGUGAGUGUGGGAAGGCUUUCAGCCAGAAGUCACACCACAUCAGACACCAGAGAAUUCAUAUUCACUAAAGCUCUAUAAAUGCCUUAGAUUAGGACCCUUGAGCAGAAUGUAUGGCUGGUAAUAUAUCAAAAGAUUUAUCGUACAUUAAAGUUACACAAAUGUAGGCAAUCCUUCUAUAGUGACUCAAAACUUAAAUGUAAAGAUAUUUAAUAAGAUGUAUCACAGUAUUAUAUACUUCACAGGCUCACAAUAAAAGUUAUUAGUAUAUUUUUUUUGUUUUGUUUUGUUUUCUCUGUAGCUUUGGAGCCUGUCCUGGAACUCACUUUGUAGACCAGGCUGGCCUCGAAUUCACAGAGAUCCAUCUGUCUCUGCUUCCCAGGCGCUGGGAUUCAAGUUGUGCACCACCACCACCCAGCUCAGUGCUAUAAUAUAUACCCUUCUCAUUGAACUUAGAGUCCAGUGAUUCCAAGUACUAAAGUCGCAGAAAGUUUAUCAAAUGUAUUAAGAUAAUUUGAGCAAUACAAGUUUUGAAAUUAAGAGGUAAAAAUAUUUUUUGACAUAUGCUUUUCUAUAUGGGUGAUUUGUAAAAACCACUUUUCAACGACGGCAUUUUGGGACAGGGUCCCCCUGUGUAGAUAGCCCAGGGCGACCUCAAACUCACUACAUAGCCCAAGUUGGCCUCGAGUUUCUGGUGAUUUGGUUGCUCAGACUCCCAGUGCUGCAAUUACAGAUAUCCAUCACCAUGCCAACUCUCAAGUCUUUGUUGAUAGAAGUGUUUAAAGUUGAGGCCACAGAAUAUUGAAUCUAGAAAUAUGAAUGAAUUCAUGGAGGAUUGGUAUUUGAUUCUGGCAGUAUCCCAGAUCAGUACAAAAAUCAUAGAUGACUUAAAAAAUAAUCUCAGGAUAAUCAGCUUUUGUGUGGGAAAAUAAUAGAUCUCUGAAGUCUUCAUUUAUUAAAGUAUUUCUUCGGAUCCAGUGUCUUUGCAGAAAGGAAAGCCUUGUUUAAGAACUUUCUAAGUGGAUGGUUUCUGAUACUUGAGUAGGAAAGAAAUUCUAGAAUCUUCAGGUGUUGUUCUUGAGCAUUUAUACUUAUUCUCAAGACACUGAUGCUCACGUGGGGAGCUGUGUACCAGUCUGCUCAUCCAGAAACUGAUGCUCAUGUGGGGAGCUGUGCACCAGUCAGUCUGUUUAUUGCAGCAUGAGUUACGGUAGCAAAAAUCAGGCACAGGUAUUUGUUGCUUAUGAAGUAGAUGAAUAAAAUGUAACGGUCAUACAGUAGAAUAUUCCAGCAGGUAGGCACAACUGGUUAAAUUUAUGUAUUAACAGCAAAAGAAAAAAAUCAGCAUGAAGAAAAUUGAAUUGAUAGAUAUAUUGUCAUGAUUCCUGUGUAAAUUUGAAUAAAACCAACUUGUCAACACUGUUACUAAGCAUUGCUUAUGGGAAACACUUUUCUCUAAAACUACAAUUGGGAGGAUAUGUAUUCAGUUCCCAAAAAGUGGCAUUGCUGUUAUAGUACGAAUGGAGUUCUGUAGAAGUGGAAGGUGACAAAGCAGGGUGAUUAUAUGCUACUCCAGGUUUAUAUCUAAAUAUCUACUUUUUAUUAAAAAUAAAGGUUCCGAAUAAAUGUAACAAAUUGAUAGUUCUACGUUGUGGCAACAUAUAUUCUGUGCUAUUUAUCUUAAAAAGAUAGCUAUGAAUGAGAUACAUAUUACAAGAGUCCCCAUGGUAUGUGUGGGAUACAUCCCACGUACCUGGUGGACACCUGAAGUAUAGUAUUAACUGUUAGCUUUUCCUAUGUACAUAUGUGCUGGUGGUGAAGUUUAUUAGUACCACAGGAGUCUAACAGCAACUUUUACACAGCAUUGUAACCGCAGCUUCUGACUUUCCCCCCUUAUUGAGAACAUUCUUGUCUUCACGGAAGCACAACUUCACCUGCGCAUCAAUUCUUGGGCUUUGGAGCCAUUGUUGAGUGAAGAAAGUGUUCUGUGUAGUUUCUUUCCACUGAUUGGACCCAGACAAAUAAAAUUUGGAGAAGUCCUGCCCUGA